GUCACGUCGAUCGGGUCUCAACUUUGAAUCACCCUCUGCUCCUCCGAGAAUCGUAAACGAAUCUUUAAUUCGAGCCAAUCGACAACGAAAAUCAUCGUUAUUCUACUGACGAGGACAUCUUUACGCUCAUCUACGAAGAAUGAUCAUCCCUUCGACGUUUUUGUUAAUGGUAUCCGUCACAUUCGCGAUCGCCGAAGAGUCCAUGUCAGAAAAUGUUCUCUCCGACAAACGUGCCGUUAUGGGAUUUCAAGGAAUGCGCGGGAAAAAGAAUUUUGACUCUUUGGAUCCGGAGGACUUUGGAAUUUUGAAACGUGCGAUCAUGGGCUUCCAGGGAAUGCGUGGAAAGAAAAACUCGAUAAUCGCUGACGUUGAAAAUCAACUUUUCCCCGAGGAGACUAAUAAGCGUGCGCCAAUGGGUUUUCAAGGCAUGAGAGGCAAGAAAGCUUCGUUAGAUGACGAAUAUUACAAACGUGCACCGAUGGGAUUUCAGGGAAUGAGAGGCAAGAAAUCUCUCGAGGAGAUCUUAGAUGAAAUUAAAAAGACUACCACGAGAUUCCAAGAUGCAAGAAGCAAAGACAUGUACGUGAUUGAUUAUCCAGAAGAUUAUGAAAAGAGAAUAUUGUCGAUGGAAGGAUAUCCGAAUAUUUUCGAUAAGGAAGGCGAAUUCUUGUGGGAGAAGAGAGCUCCGAUGGGAUUCCACGGGAUGAGAGGCAAAAAAUUAAUUCUUGACCCGUGGCAAGAUCUUGAUAAACAAGACGUUAUGGGGUUUCAGGGGCUGCAACGUAGGAAGGAUACGUUCGAUGAUUAUUUAGAUUAUUCGAUGAAUCCGUCAGAUUACGAGAAAAGGGCUGCGGAUUUUCAAGAUAUAGAAAGCGGUAGCGAUUCGUUUAAAAGAGCUCGCAUGGGUUUUCAUGGGAUGAGAGGUAAAAGGAACGUCGGGGAGAUUUAUGGAUCUAAUUCGAGCCCUACGCAAACGACGAUCGGUUAUCAAGGCGUAAGCAACCAGGGAAACAAUCUCGCUGUGUACGAAAUUGAAAAGCGUUCACCCUUCAGAUAUCUUGGAGUCAGAGGAAAGAAGAAUCCACGAUGGGAAUUCCGAGGAAAAUUCGUAGGGGUGAGAGGCAAAAAAGCGUCGUCUUUGCAAUCUGUCUAUUAAUGUAUCACAGUAAAGAAACAUCGAAAGGAGUAUGAAUGAAGAUUCGUGAAUGUUAUUAGGUAAUUAGCAGUAAUAGCACUGGUUUUGUUGGUGGCAACAAUGGCAACACAACAACAAUAAUCACUGUGUAAUGCUAGUCUUUUUGUUUAAACGUGUAUUAGACUGUAUCGCUUGAUAGGUAUACCUAAGGAUAGGGGAAGACAACGCGGUACUUUUAUCAGCAGACUAUCCUCGUUAUUGUCAUUGCAUUCCGUGCGUACAUUGUGAAAGAAUACGUUGUCUUCUCCCCUCAAGAUUUUAGUUUCAACGACAUAUCUGUACACCACCAAUGUACAUAUAUACGUAAACCUCGAGCGUAUUACAGAGCGCGUUCCUAUUUCUUAUAUUUUGAAAAGGGCUUAAAAGACGUCUCUCUCUCUCUCUCUCUCUCUCUUACUCUCUCUCUCUCUUACUCUCUCUCUCUCUCUCUCUCUUUGGUUGCUAAUUUAUUCUUACCGUUAUCCUUUUAAUUUCGAUACAAAAAGAUAAUUUAUUUUUUACAUUCUCCACGUCAUUCUCGAGACUGUUAUGUCGACUUAGGAACAACUUAAAACGGACAUAAAUAAUAUAGAAAUAUAUAGAAAAUUCUAUUUUUCUUGGAAAAAGAAAUCAUCGAUAUAUAUGUAUACAAAUAUUUUACGCUUCAACCACCAAAUAAAAUUAAAUAUACUUUAAGUUCAUUCCUUUCUCGAAAUACAAUGUGAUUGUUAUGACUAUAUAACACAAUAUUUUUAUACUGUCGAUACCUCAUCUCCUUUCAUGUUUUCUCACAUAAACGAUAUUUGUUAAACGCAGCUUGUUUGCAAAUAAGUUUUAGAAUACAUAAUCGUUUAGUAUUCUACCCAAUGAUAAAGACCUAUCUAUGUUGUGAUUUGUAAGUGUGAAACAAGUCUCUGGCAAUUUAAAAAAGAGAAUAAAUAUCUAUAUAAGUUA